CGUUCAGACGUUCGAAAGCAACUCUGUAAUUAGCCGCUUUUUUACCGACCAUUACAUGGAAAAAUCGUCCCUUUGAAUUUGUAAUUCUGCUAAAUACACGGCUCUUCGAUAAAUUUGGGGGAAUUUAGGUCACCGAGGGCUGAAUUAAAGUGCAAGAAAGAAGCCUGUUUUCUCGACGCAUCAGUGAACUGACAAAAUGGUCGAAGACAACGUGAUCGACGUCGACACCAUGCUAUGGCACGUCGGAGACUUCGGAAAAUAUCAGUGCAUUCUGAUGGUUUUGUUCAGCGUGAUUAACAUCUUAUCAGCCUUCCACUACUUCGGUCAGACCUUCAUCGGCGUGGUGCCCGACUACAAGUGCAAACUUUUGCUGGACGAAGACCCGCGCUACUUGGAAGCAGGCACGUGCUCCUACAAAAUAUACCAGAACGAAAGUGUUCAAGAAAUACCCUGUUCGAAUGGCUGGAACUACAGGAACAGCUACGGAUACGUCAGCAUCGUGGAAGAGCUCAACUGGGUGUGCGACGACGACUGGAAACCGGCGCUUGGCCAAUCAGUGUUCUUCAUCGGAUCGGUCAUCGGGACCCUCGUGUUUGGAAUUUUGGCUGACAACAUCGGGCGACUUCAUGUUCUGGUGGCCGCGAACAUGUUCGCGUUUGUUGGCAACAUUGCCACGUACUUUGCCACGAACGUCGAGGUUUUUGCCGUUUGUAGAUUCGUGGCGGGGUGUGCCACAGAUGCUAACUUCGUCAUGAUGUAUAUUAUUGUGAUGGAAUACAUACGACCAAGUAUGAGAACCUUCGGGCUAAAUCUUUGUAUUGGCGUUUUCUAUUGUUUGGCGUGCAUGGUGGUACCGUGGGUGGCCGUUUUGUUGCAAAACUGGAAAUUCCUUCUGAUAGUCAUUUCAGUACCACAUCUUCUGGUUCUCUUUUUCUACCUACUGGUACCAGAAAGUGCCCAAUGGUUAAUUAGUAAAGGGCGCACAAAAGAUGCCAUUCAUCACUUUCAGUGGAUCGCCAGAGUUAACGGGAAAAACGUCAGUAGUAAACAUUUCGAGGCUUUGGAGCGGUACUAUUUUCAACAUGUUAGCCCUACAACUACGAACGAAAGUUUCUUAGGACUUCUGCGCACACCCAAACUUCGCAGGAAAACGCUGAUUUUGAUAUUCAAAUCAAUGGUUUUGACUCUAUGUUAUGACGCCAUCUCUAGAAACGUCAACGGUGCAGGAUAUUCGCCGUUUCUCGUUUUCACGAUUACUUCAGCUACUAUUCUUCCGGCAUGUUUGUUCAUUCUAUUAGUUCAAGAUCGCGUGGGACGCAAGGCUUUAGCUAGCGGCGCCCUUUUUCUGAGUGGCAUUUUCACCGCCAGUUCUGCUAUUGUUCAAGUUUUUCUUCCAACGCCUAGUGCGACCCUAAUUGUGGUAUUGGCCAUCAUUGCGAGGCUUGGUAUCAACGUGGCUUACAAUUCCGGUCACCAGUAUGCUGUUGAAUUGAUACCCACGGUGGUGAGAGGACAAGGGGUUGCAGUUAUCCAUGUCCUAGGGUACGCCGCUAGUUUUUUCAGCCCGCAGAUUCUAUACCUAGCGAAUAUUUGGAAACCAGCACCUGAAGUCAUUUUAGGAGUGUUGCUGGUUCUAGGCGCUGUCGCUUGCUUGUUUUUACCAGAAACUUUAAAUCGGACUUUACCCGUGACGUUGCAAGAUGGCGAAGAUUUUGGAGAGGAUGAGAAAAUUUUUGAGUUUGCUUGUUGUAGAGCACCAACGGAAAGUACCACGGAACUAACAACUGGAAACAUGCGCACGUAUAUGUAAUUUGUAAUUACAAAAGUACUAGCUAGAAGGUUAAGAAUGACAGAAUGUUCUGAAAGUACAAUUAGGGUUAGUAAAGGUGAUAUAAUAUCGUAUAUCGUA